UCUUGCUAUGGAUGCUUACAACUUUGUAUCAUCGGCCGGCGAAUACAACGGAACCGACGCGACCAAUCGAACUUCCACAAUAUUUGCAAUCAAUCCCGAUUUCAUCGCACAAUGGAAACUAAAGCGCAAGCAGGAAAAAAAAUGUGGAGAACUCUUUUCGCACCUAGACCUGCUAAACUAUCCCGAAUGCCUAAAUUUGCUGGGCCAUUAUCUUGACGCAAAGGGAAAAAGUUUUCCCGUUUUAACAUCUGAAUUUAUAAAAUCGCUCGGAACAACUAACAAAUUAAGCGGUAAUGGUUUUCGAACUGCAGCUGACAACUCGCGUGACGAGAUGAGCCCGGCCAUUGGUAGCUUCAGGGACAUUGGAAACUGGUUCUCCUACGGUAACUUCACGCUUUUGGACUGGUUCAACGGAUCCACCGGUUAUGCAGGCAACGAAAGCUCCAAUUUUCAUCCAAAUGCAAUCAAUUUCACAAUCGUUCCUUACGGCAUAGACAUUGGGGACGAAAGUUCGAAGCAAGUGCUGCCCCCGUUUAAACUUUGGCAAACCGUGUUAAUUGCUAUAUGCUUAGCCAUUUGCAUAAUUCUUACUAUAGGCGGCAAUAUAUUAGUACUGUUGGCAUUCAUUGUAGAUCGAAGCAUCAGACAACCAAGCAAUUACUUUAUCGCUUCGCUCGCAGCAACGGACAUGCUAAUCGGAACUGUAUCUAUGCCUUUUUACACGGUGUAUGUUCUGAUGGGCUAUUGGGAUUUGGGCCCAUUACUGUGCGACCUAUGGCUGUCGGUCGAUUAUACCGUCUGUCUAGUGUCGCAGUACACGGUUCUACUAAUUACAAUCGAUCGUUUCUGCUCCGUUAAAAUAGCUGCAAAGUAUAGAAGUUGGCGCACGAAAAAUAAAGUUAUCUGGAUGGUAACCAUCACCUGGAUUAUUCCCGCACUGCUCUUCUUCAUAUCCAUAUUUGGCUGGGAACACUUUGUUGGCUAUCGAGAUCUGCUACCUGGGCAGUGUGCGGUGCAGUUUUUAAAAGAUCCCAUCUUCAACACAGCACUCAUCAUCGGGUACUACUGGACGACGUUGGUUGUAUUGUUUGUGCUGUAUGGCGGCAUCUACAAGACUGCCUACGAUAUGCAGAAGAAAAGUGAGGCCAAACAGCGCAAGAUGCAGUCCAUGGUGGCACUUAGCAGUGCGAUGACGGGCAUGGCCAGCCGAACAGCGGGUAUAGGAAUUUCCAAAACUCAGAGCACUUUGCUGUGCGCUGAUAAACCGAUCACAUCUACUGCACCGUUACUGCCAAAGCAUGAGGGAGCCGUCGGUGGUGUAUCGGCCUCUGCACAGAUUCAACAUUCAGACGCAUCGCAUUCAACAACUGCUGCUGCUGCGAACGUGUCCACAUCGUUACUGAAAAGCGAACAAACUUUCAAUGCAUCAUCACAUGCAUCAGCUGCAUUGUUCGGCAUGGCAUAUGUGAACAUUCCCAACAGCAACAAAUCGCAUGUAAUGACAGAUUUUAGCAUGAAAGAUGAAAAGGUCGAAGGUGACAAAAGCGAGCGUUCCAGUAGCCCUGCAUUUGAUUCGGACGAAGAACAUCCGGCCGCGACCAAACAGGAAAAUGAUCCGUGCGUAAAAGGUUUUAACAAACGAUCUUCCGUCGCUGGUUUAUUAGUAGGGGCUGCAUCCGCUACAGUGUUUUCAUCCCGAUACAAAGACAGCACAACAGCAGCCAAAGCUAGCAAUCCUCCUGUAUCGAUGUCUGAAGAACGCACUACAGUAUUGCCGAACAAACCAAUAGCAACAACAGCGGAGCCUGAGCAUAAGAUGCUACCUAAAAUCAAUGAAACUACUAGCCAAGCAGCUGCUGUUGAUCACAAACUGGACGUUAAGAAGGAAAUGAAGGACUUGGGACAUUCGUUCGCGCAUACACACUCCCCGGCAUUAGAAUUGCAGCCAAGGGCAAUCGAUACGGGUAGAACGGUUGCAUUACAAAAAAUAGUGGAGGACUCAACAUCUACAAUUUUUACACCACCCUGCGGGUUUCAAACGCCUCUUUUAGCUGACACACAUUCCGAAACGGAGAGACCACAGAGUACAACCAGCAUGGGAGACAUCAUGGCUACUUACGAUCCGUUGAUAAGUAUGGAUAGUGAAGAUCUUCGUUUUAUGGAUGAAAGCUCUGUAAUGCUGCCCUCACCGCAGUUCGAAAAUGUCGCCUCUGAUUCUUCACUAGCCUCGUUUAUGAAUGGUAUCGAACAGCAGCAACACCAUUCCCGAUCGAUAGUCAGUCAGUACAAUGGGCAAAGCAUUGCCAAUCCUACACUGCUGCAGAAGGCACUUAUAAGAGCCACUGCUCAGUGCAAACAGCCAUCGCCAACCGUUCUCAUUCGUUCUUCCUAUUUUGGUACGGGGACGACGUCUCCUCAAGCCUGUACGAAUGACGCUGCCCAGCAUGGCUUUGUUUCAAAGGAGGAAAACAUUUAUAACACUACAGUUACCGUCAGUACUCAAAGUCCGGAAAAACCUACAACUGUCCUUAAUACCAUAAACUUAGAGUUGGGCGAAGCUAGACCAAGCGAUGUCAACAUCGCAGGGCAUCGAAGUUCUGCUAGUUAUAACAAAGAUACAGACGCAAAAGUAAAUACCUCGGUAGAGCUUACGGAUGUUUCCGAUUACUCGAAAGCGGUAGUAGAGGAUGAACCGACCCGAUCCUUCGGACAGACGAGUGUAGUAUGUUCGACAUCAGUUACUAUGAACUAUAGUGCACUAAACAAACCGACGUUGACGAUCGAACGAGAUUCUUCAAGCAAGCGAGGUUUUAUCCAAUCGAUCGGUAAACGGUUGAAGCCUGGUAUUAAAAAACCAAAUCCCGAUGGGCCGCUUGGUGGAAUCUGUCGACAAAAAUCCAAGUCCGAAAACCGUGCCAGGAAAGCGUUUCGAACAAUUUCCUUCAUCUUGGGUGCGUUUGUAGCUUGUUGGACACCGUACCACGUGCUGGCACUGGUGGUGGGGUUUUGUUCAACACCCCCCUGCGUUAACGAGCAUCUAUUUAUGUUUUCGUACUUUCUCUGUUAUGCAAACAGUCCCAUGAACCCAUUCUGCUAUGCACUUGCCAACCAACAGUUUAAGAAAACUUUUACACGCAUAUUGCGUGGAGACUUGCAUAUGACAUAA